CCUGUCUGGUGGCUCUCAGAAGUACAUACUGAGGCUCCUUAACAUGAGCAUUGUUUAGAGAGCUCUCUUUUUGCUCCGCCACAAAUCAUGAGCCACGCCAUCUAGCUGAGUCCUUCAGCUAUGUAUCAGGGCUAUCAUCACCCUCACUGGCACAGUCUGACCGAACAGGCGGCCCUUAUUGUUGUGCAGCACAAAGCACACUAUGUAUUGAUGCUUGAGAUAUGUCAUGUGGUUAGCCUUGAUAAAUACAGGUCAGUAUCUAUUUGGAUCACCUUUUUCCUUUAAGCAUUCCUGCUGGGGUGUCCCUGUUUUGAUAUGCUGGUAUAUCCGCAUGGGACCUGAAUGUGAACUUGAGGCUUUGGGGUUUAAGCAGAGUAAGGAUCAGUAUUCAGACCUCAUACUGAUUCAAGUGAAAAAACGUUUGCAGGACACCAUAGCAGGUUCAAGUGAUUAUUUAUUUGGGUGCUUGGUUAAUGGAUGACACAAAACGUCCAUUUACUCUUAAAGAGCGAGUGAACCCUCUGUUUCAGCUGGAAUCCAAACAGUAUGGGAUUUAAAUAAACAACAUUCGUAUAGAGUUGGAGGUGCUACGUUGAUAGUUUUUUGGUACCGUUGUUGUGUUUAUGCCCUAUAAUGAUGUUUUCAUGUAUGUGAAAUGCGCCACACACCGUAACGCAGUACACCGUACUGGUGGUGUCCGCGUGGUCCCCCUAAAGAGCAGCACGGGGGUUAGGAGCCCAUUGGGACGACUUCAUAGUGUUUUGGAGAGACAUAGCGUAGGACCUAAAUCCGGGUCUUAUAUCAGUAAAAGAGAUACAAUGGCAUAGAUGACUAUCUUAACGUUCAUAUGAAACAUAUAAACGAGUAAAAAACAAAUGUUUGGUGUUAAGUUGUUCUUUAAAAGAUGUGGCUGGUUUGUUCAGUCCCAACGUUAAUUGUUGACAUUGUCUAGAUCCAGAUGUAAAUCCGAGAGGACCUUAUUUAAACGUACCUAUCGCGAUGUCGACUCAUUACCAAAUUUGACAGUUGGCCAUCGAUUUAUAUCCAUUAUAUCUCAGUCAAGCUGUUUUAGCUGCUCCAAUAGCUGUAUCUUUGUUUUGUCCAACCCAGAGAAGCGCAUAUAAACUGCCCUGAUCUGAAGUUUCAAUCUGUAUUUAACAAGCCAAUUCUUUAGCGAUGCAUGCUGUAGGCUGGGCAUUCACAAAGGCUAACGUAAUGAUUCAAUAUCCCCAAAAAUGCAGACUCUCUUCUUUAUAUUUGGAAUGUUUAUUUAUUGUAAGGAGGACUUUCUAGGAGCUCAGCUUUUAUGGUUUAUUUUUAUAUUGGUCGGUUUUUUGUCGUUUGCCCUAUGCAUCUAACCCUGUCAGGGCGCAGCUUUAAUUCUGUGUGAAGAUAGUGGCUGCAUUAUAGGCAGUGUUAAUUCAGAAGGAGGGUGUUUUUUUGUUUUUUUAAGUCGAUCUGAAAGCAGUGUCAGCAUUCUGUGUUGACGCUCCACUGUACAUGGUCAGGGACUUGAAUUGGACAGAUUAUUUAUUGCUUCGAGCCACCGGUUUUAAUGGACUCGCUCAGUGGGGAAAAAUGGAAUAUGUGUCUGGUUCCACGUCCAUUCAUACAACCCGGUGAUUGGCACUUAUUUUCAGAAUUGUGAAAUGUGGCGUUCCAAUUCAGACGAGGCCUACAGUGCAGCCACUCAGAGUUCUUCCUGCACGCCUCAACUCUCAGUCUGCCACUAUUGGGGAAAUGCAUUGCAAGGGCAGUUUGAAUGCGCUUCCCUGGGUUGGACAAAGGAAAGAAAAAGCUGUUUGUCAGGGAUAUAAUGGGUGUCAAUUGAUGGUUAUCUGCCCAUUUUUGGUAUGUGUUGACGCCGCGAGAGGAAGGGAUUUCAACAACUAACCUUGGUUUGUUGUUAAACCAGCCAAGUCCUUUAGCUGUAGUAUGUAAAAGGAAAACAACCAAACCAAAGCCCCAUGUUUAGGCCCUGAGCGUCGGCCACACAGUCCUGCAGCAAAUCUCUAAACUUCAGUACACUUCAAACAGCUCUCCAUAAUGCAGAUUCAGGACUUUUUUUGCUGCAUUUCCUGGUUUGGCCAAGAAACUUUCUAGAAGGUUUCAUUUGCAGAUGAGCCAAGAGCUGUUAUCUGGCCACCGUCAAAAGUUUCUCUUCUAAGUCCGGCAUCUGGGCUGAGGUCAAGGUGUUAAGACAGGAUUACUAAACUGAAGUACUAUUCAUGGCCUCUUUGUGUAUCAAAACAGAAUGCUUUCAGUUCUGCAAACUGUCAGACAGACAAUAGUUUCAAUGCAAAAAAAAAAGAAAAAGUUAUAUAAACUAUGAAUAUGGUUACAUAAGAGGUCUCUCUGCAAAAGGACUUGUAAGGCAUAAAAAAUCAAUAACUUUUCUAUGGCGUCCCGGGAAAAGGAUCUAAAGGUAACGGUUAGGGUUGACGGCAACAUGUAUAACAUACCUGAUCAGAUUGAGCUAUAACUUUUUGAGAAUAGCAUGCAAAAUAGAUUGCGCUCUGCACAGUUCAAUGGAUUCUGUUGACACUAUGUUGCAGCAGGCCUAUUCAGUGGUGCCUGCAUAACACUGAAGCAAAAUACCUGCUGUCCUGAUCAGAUCUUUGCAUAGGAAGAUGGGUCUAUGGGGAUAAUAGAGAAUGGCAUCAGCCAUACCAUCCCUGCAGUAGUCAUAGGGGAUUUUAUCUGAUUGAAUGCCCAUGGCAGAGUCAUGGAGGCGGGAGCAGGGAUUAUGGAGGGCUUAGAGCUUACAGCACUUCGCAUUUACUAGGGACCGUCAUUCUCUGUCCGCUCCCUCGGUAACGCAGGGAGCAUAACUGUAGACAUUCCUCAGCUGGCAGGCUGACAAUGAGCAACAUCCGACUGCUGAUGGUCAAGUGGGGUGUGGGGGUUCUGGAUCAACUUCCGGCUGCCUUUUCAAGAGCUGAGGCACCAUGAAGGACCCAUGUCGUGUGUGUGGAGUUCGCUUGGUGGGAAGUCAAUGCCGUUGGAUCUUUAGCGCCACAGGACAGAGGCAGCUCCAGGUCAUUCUGUCCCAUGUGCUGGGCUUGGGAGUGACUCGAGGAGAUGGUCGUGGAGAGUUCCUGUGUGGGAAGUGCGUGUUCCAGCUGGAGAAGGUAAUUCACUGCGACAUCGCCAUCAACCGGCUCCAGGAAGAACAUGGUGCUCAGGUGCAGAAGCUCCAGGCAGAAAAGGAAAAUGUAAUCCAGUGCCUUAACCACAUCUACAGUAAGAACAAUUCAUCCCAUGCUAAAGGUGAUGGGGAAGGUCCCAGGUCCAAGACUCCCGUUAGAUCCUCUGGAUGCGGCAGUCCCAUUGAAGAUGAUGAGGUGGUGGGUCAGCUCGCGUCCGAGUCUCGGCCCCACAGAGAUGCAGAGGUGGGCCAGGUGAAAAAUCGGAUGAGAAGGUGCGUGAGUCUGGAUAGACUCGGAGGCAAAGCGGCUACGCCAGCCCGCUCGGGCCUCAGAAGGCCCCCGCUCAGGCCCGGAUCCGGAUCGAUGGUGGAAUGUUCUGCCGGUGGUCUCCAAGCUGCACGCCACCGUUCCCAGAGCAUGUAUCUGGACCUGGUCAACCGUAAGGGCUCCCUUCCUAGCCCUGGAUUCAAAAGUCGCUCAACGUCCCUGCAGUCCCUCAAUCAAGACUUUGCCUCCAAAACCUUUACAGACCCUCAGCCGAAGCGACACCUCAGAGAGCCCAUACCCAGAAAAAACCUUACCGACGGGUCCAAAGCAAAGGACCAGGCUAGAACCCGGCACCGUAGCCCCACGGUUCAGCCGUCCCUGAUCUCUGACCUCGUCCAGUUGUUGCAUUGCAUCUCCAGACGGCCAAUCCUUGCCCCGCCAGACAGCCGCAUCCCUUUGCUGCAGAAGACACAUAGCGGUCAUACACCUCCAAACCUCCUCAGGACCAAACGAAGAAGCAGGGAGGCACAGUGGAAGUCUCUGCAUGACCUUACAGAGGAAUUUAAUGAUGAAUACACUCCCGUGACUGAAAAGGUAGUCCUUGGCUCUCUGCAGUUGGAAAGCCACCAUUUGCCAUUAGUGGGUUGUUAUAGCUGAUAGGGAUGUCAUGUCUCUGUUCUUAUUGUCCGAUGCUUAUCUAAUGUCAUUUUUUGUUUUG